UGGCCCUUCCAGAGUGGGUACCAUGUCUUCGCUGGGCCCCUCGCAUCCGGCUCAGGGCCUAGCAAUGAGCGGGUGCUUAGGGUGAGCUCGGGAUCAAGAGACUUCGUACUUCAGGUCCCUGGUGUCCCCCGAGGAACCGCGUGAUUCGGAGAUCGUGAUGCGGCAAGACAGAAAGAAAAGGAGGCGGAGUGACUGGGAGGGGAGUGCUUCCUACCGGCGGUAAGGGCGCUGCGUGAUUGUCACAGCUCCAGUUAAGGACAUACUCGGGGCCGAGUGUCCACAGCAGCACCCUCCCAUACAGGUCGAUGCGCCCCCAAGGGAGAGGAGCUUGCGGUCCCACUCCGGAGAUUAACACAAAGUGGAGCGCCCACGAGGCCGGCACCGGAAGUUUCUUUGAGAGAAAAGACAAGCAGCGGAAGUUAGCCGACCACAUCGCUUCCGCCUGUGGCCUCCAGCCGACUCUCCCACUCUCUACUGAACCUGGAAGCCCUCCACAGCUCACUUCCGUUUUGAGCGGAAGUGACUGAGCGUUACGUACUUGGGGCGGGGCCUCCGGUAGAAGCGUUUAAGAGCCUGGAUCUCGCGAGAACAUUCCGUUCUUGCGCAGCUCUCGCGCUGCAGGUCUCCGGUCGCUGCGAGAUCCUUCGAGAUCUUCUCCGCCUCCGCUACCGGCGCCUCUUCUGCGGCCGCUGAGCCGGAGCCGUCCUGAGUGGCGCCCUGCUCUGCGGUUCUUCCAAGGACUUAAGCGCUCGCGUGGAACCUCGCCCCCCAGUAACCUCGGUCCCUCGGCCCACGCGGCCUGCUUCCCGCGCGGCAGCCCCGCCAGGGUCCGUGUCCUGUCUCCGUGACCGGACCCGGGCCCGAGCCCGAGCAGUAGCCGGCGCCAUGUCGGUGGUGGGCAUAGAUUUGGGCUUUCAGAGCUGCUACGUCGCUGUAGCCCGUGCCGGCGGCAUCGAGACGAUAGCUAAUGAGUAUAGCGACCGCUGUACCCCGGCUUGCAUUUCUUUUGGUCCUAAGAAUCGUUCAAUUGGAGCAGCAGCUAAAAGCCAGGUAAUUUCUAAUGCGAAGAACACAGUCCAAGGAUUUAAAAGAUUUCAUGGACGAGCAUUCUCUGAUCCAUUUGUGGAGGCAGAAAAAUCUAGCCUUGCGUAUGAUAUUGUGCAGUUGCCUACUGGUUUAACAGGUAUAAAGGUGACAUAUAUGGAAGAAGAGCGGAACUUCACCACUGAGCAAGUGACUGCUAUGCUUUUGUCUAAAUUGAGAGAGACAGCAGAAAGUGUUCUUAAGAAGCCUGUUGUUGACUGUGUGGUUUCGGUUCCUUGUUUCUAUACUGAUGCGGAAAGACGGUCAGUGAUGGAUGCAACACAGAUUGCUGGUCUCAAUUGCCUACGAUUAAUGAACGAAACGACAGCAGUUGCUCUUGCAUAUGGAAUUUAUAAACAAGAUCUUCCUGCCUUAGAAGAGAAACCAAGAAAUGUAGUUUUUGUAGACAUGGGGCAUUCUGCUUACCAAGUUUCUGUAUGUGCAUUUAAUAGAGGAAAACUGAAAGUUUUGGCUACAGCAUUUGAUACAACACUGGGAGGCAGAAAAUUUGAUGAGGUGUUAGUAAAUCACUUCUGUGAAGAAUUUGGGAAGAAAUACAAGCUAGACAUAAAGUCUAAAAUCCGUGCAUUAUUACGACUAUCUCAAGAGUGUGAGAAACUCAAGAAAUUGAUGAGUGCAAAUGCUUCAGACCUCCCUUUGAGCAUCGAGUGUUUUAUGAAUGAUGUUGAUGUGUCUGGAACUAUGAAUAGAGGCAAAUUUCUGGAAAUGUGUGAUGAUCUCCUAGCUAGAGUGGAGCCGCCACUUCGUAGCGUUUUGGAGCAAGCCAAACUGAAGAAAGAAGAUAUUUAUGCAGUGGAGAUAGUUGGUGGUGCCACACGAAUCCCUGCAGUAAAAGAGAAGAUUAGCAAGUAUUUUGGAAAAGAACUUAGUACGACAUUAAAUGCUGACGAAGCCGUCACUCGAGGCUGUGCACUGCAGUGUGCGAUCUUAUCACCUGCCUUCAAAGUCAGAGAGUUCUCCAUUACCGAUGUGGUGCCAUACCCAAUAUCUCUGAGAUGGAAUUCUCCAGCUGAAGAAGGCUCAAGUGACUGUGAAGUCUUUCAAAAAAACCAUGCUGCUCCUUUCUCUAAAGUCCUCACAUUUUAUAGAAAGGAACCUUUCACUCUUGAGGCCUAUUACAGCUCUCCUCAGGAUUUGCCUUAUCCGGACUCUGCAAUUGCUCAGUUUUCAGUUCAGAAAGUCACUCCCCAGUCCGACGGCUCCAGUUCCAAAGUGAAAGUCAAGGUUCGAGUGAACGUCCAUGGCAUUUUCAGCGUGUCCAGUGCGUCCCUCGUGGAAGUGCACAAGUCUGAGGAGAAUGAGGAGCCCAUGGAGACAGAUCAGAAUGCCAAGGAGGAGGAGAAGAUGCAAGUGGACCAGGAAGAGCCGCAGGCUGACGAGCAGCAGCAGCAGACAGCGGCAGAAAACAAGGCCGAGUCUGAAGAAAUGGAGACUUCUCAAGCUGGAUCAAAAGAUAAAAAGAUGGACCAACCACCUCAAGCCAAGAAGGCAAAAGUGAAAACCAGUACUGUAGACCUGCCGAUUGAGAACCAGCUGCUGUGGCAGAUAGACCGAGAGAUGCUCGACCUGUACAUUGAAAAUGAGGGCAAAAUGAUCAUGCAAGACAAACUAGAGAAGGAGCGGAACGAUGCUAAGAACGCAGUGGAGGAGUACGUGUACGAGAUGAGAGACAAGCUGAGUGGCGAGUACGAGAAGUUUGUGAGUGAAGAGGAUCAUAACAGUUUCACCUUGAAGCUGGAAGACACUGAGAACUGGUUGUAUGAAGAUGGAGAAGAUCAGCCAAAGCAAGUUUACGUAGAUAAAUUGGCUGAAUUAAAGAAUUUAGGUCAGCCUAUUAAGAUACGGUUCCAGGAAUCUGAAGAAAGACCAAAAUUAUUUGAAGAACUAGGGAAACAAAUUCAACAGUAUAUGAAAGUAAUCAGCUCUUUCAAAAAUAAGGAGGACCAGUAUGACCACUUGGAUGCCGCCGACGUGGCCAAGGUGGAGAAGAGCACGAACGAGGCGAUGGAGUGGAUGAACAACAAGCUGAACCUGCAGAGCAAGCAGAGCCUGACCGUAGACCCCGUUGUCAAGACGAAGGAGAUAGAAGCUAAGAUAAAGGAGCUGACAAGUAUCUGUAACCCCAUAGUUUCAAAGCCCAAGCCCAAAGUGGAACCUCCGAAAGAGGAGCAAAAAACUGCCGAGCAGAACGGACCAGUGGACGGCCAGGGAGACAGCCCGGGCCCACAGGCCGCUGAGCAGGGCGCAGACGCGGCCGUGCCUUCCGAGAUGGACAAGAAGCUUCCGGAGAUGGACAUCGAUUGAUUCCAGCACUUGUUUAUAUUAAAACAGACUGUUAUAAAGCUUUAAGUUGUCAACUUUGUUCUAAAUAUCAACCAGAGCAAGUGAAUACUGGAGGUUUCUUAGUCCAUUUUUAGGGAAUUUGGGGGGCGGGGGUAUAGGUAAUGUAUGGAGCAUUUUGACUUUAAAUAGUUAGAUACCGAGAUGAAGUGCAUUGUAUCUUUUUCAUAAUGGUACUGCUUAGAAGCCCGGUAGUCUUACUGAGCUUAGGCUUCACUCCCUUCAUGUUAAUCAUGCUUCUGCAGCAGUGCAUUUGUUUUGGAAAGCUGCGCCUUGGGCCAAGCUGUGAUGGGUCACCAGGCAGGCUGUUCUUCACCGGGACAGACGUGGCAGGAGUUGCAGUUGGCUUCGAACUCUGCUGUGGAAGUUGCUGCAGAGGCCUCCCGACGGCUUGGGCUGUGAUGGUGGGGCUCUUCGGCUUCCCAGGGUGCAGCCUGGUGUGAGCAGCGGAGCAGGGCUGUGGGGUGCUCUCUAGCUGUCCCCACGCCUUGCCUCACUUCCAGCCCUGCCCUGCUCUGCCCUCUGCCCCCCGAGCUCCCACUAAAAUGCCACGAGCUGCCCUUGGGAAUGUAAGCCCCAUCCCCCAGCAAGGUGUAAACUGAGGCUCUGAGACCACAGGUGCUGCUGACUGAAGGUGCAUUCCCCGAUAGCCCAAACGUCACAGUCUGAAUGCUGCUCUCCUCCGAAAGUUAGAAGUGGGUGGCUGGGCUUUCCAAAGGUUCCAGGCAACUGAGGCGUUGACCCUUGCCCAGACGGGUGACAAUGAAGUGUCCUAGCCUGUCCCUUGAGGUGGCAGGUGUUCUGUGUAAACUUGAGGUGUCGCUCAAACUCCUAGGCUAAGGGACAAAAGUCCUAAAAAGAUGUGCUCAUGGUCAGCUCGUGUAAAGUGUUAGUAUCUGUCAGGAAUCUGCUAAUUUGUACAUGUUGAACAGCGAGGAGAGCAUAAAGACUAUGAAGAUAACUGGAUUAUCUUGGCUGAGUGUGAUGUUAGUGGUGAAGGAGCGUGGGGCGUCCUCGCUGCAUGGCCAGGCUGCUCUUAGGGCAGCAUGGAACGGGGAGAGGAGUGAGACGUUGUGGGCACUUCACAGGAAGACUUCAAGAGGCCACAUCUGGAACCUGCCUUCCUUCAGAAAUGGUGGCAAGCUUCGCUGGUUUUGUUUUGGACCUUUGUAAUACUGAUGACUUGUGUAACAGAGCGUCUCUGUUUUGGCGUUUGUUGUUCCAAAUAAGAUUGUACCUUGCAUAGUUACACAAAGGCUCUGUGCAUCUCUAUGCAGACGGCUGUCGGCAUAGUUGCCCGCUGGGGGUGGGGGGGUUGUGUGGCGAGAUGGGCGCCUCCCUCGCAGCUCCGGGCUUCGGAGCCUGUUCCCUCCGUGUCGUGUUUCACGAGGCCCUGCUGGCUUGCCCAGAAGCACUGGCUGUAGGAUUAAGCCAAUUCGUAUGCAACUGCCCAGUCUUUAAUGGCCAUUUCUUCUAAAUAUUUGUGUGCGUGCGCAGGGAGGGGCCUGGGUGUUGGCCAGGGGUGAGUCUGAGUGUAAAGUUAAACUAGGGUAAGAUGAUGCUCUGCGUGGCGAGGCGGAAGAGCGGUUGCUGCUGGAGGCCAGCAAGCAGUGACUUGUGUUCGGGCCAGCGUUGACCUGGGUCGCAUAUCCUGGCUGAUGUGUUCAAACUCCAGGUCACAUUCUUACACUGAGGGCAACUUUCAGUAACCAUGAGACAAGUCUAGGAAAAACUAAUAAAAGAAACCUGUCUUACACUCCAA